CGAACGAGCAAGAGGCAACGAGGAAAGCGCACGCUCGACGUUCACCUUUCUUCUCCUCACUACCAGCAGUCCUCGUGACUUAGCAAAACUCCCUCCUUUCAUCUUUCAUAUCCUCCACGUCUCUGCAUUCGUGCUCGGACGAAUACCAGUAGCCCUUCGGCAUCCCCCGUUAGAGCUACCCCUUCCUCACUUCUUCUUCUCGAGAGUCUUGGCCGUUGAUUGGUCAAUUACCCACGCGUAGUUGAAGCUACAAAAGGCGAUUGCACGCCACUCCCAGCUUUAGAAGCUGUUUUUCCUCAUUCUCGUAGACUACUAGAUCAUAUACAACAUGCCGCCCAAGGCUGCUGAUGUUGGCGUUCCCGCCGCCGUCCCCGCCGACGCUGCUGGCCUCAAGAACUCGGCCGGUGCUCAGGCUGCUGCGUCGCAGAACACAGCUCAGGAGAAGCGUGCCGUCAAGAUCGAGGGUGCCAGGCUCCUCGAGUCAGGCGACCAGCAGGCUGCUCAGGAGCUCGUCAACCUCGUCAAGGUCGACGGUCCCGGUGCAUUUGGUGACUGCGACCUGGAGGAGGUCAUCAUCAAGGGUCUCGGCGAGAAGAAGAACGUAGCUGCUCGCGAGGGAGCAUGCACUCUCAUUCGCAAGCUCUGCGACCAGGGCGUUGGCCACGACCUCGAGCCUUACAUGAUCGGCCGCGUCUUCAACGCCGUCGUCGAGGCAAUGGGCGACAAGGAGAAGGCCGUCCAGACUGCCGCCCGUGACGCCCUCACUGCCUUCUGCAAGUCGAUGAGCGGAUGGAUCGUGCCCCAGGUCCUCAAGGUCAUCCUCGAGCAGGCUCGCACCGCCGGCAAGUGGCAGGUCAAGACUGGCUGUGUCCACCUCCUCGAGACUCUCGUCACCUCUGCACCCGACCGCAUGGCUGCUCUGAUGCCCGAGAUCAUCCCCACGAUGUCUGAGGUCAUUUGGGACACCAAGACGGAUGUCCAGAAGGCGUCGCGCGCUGCUCUCACCAAGCUCUGCCAGCUCGUCUCCAACAAGGACAUUGAGAAGUUCAUCCCUGCUCUCAUCCAGUCGCUCAUUCACCCCGUCGAGGAGGUGCCCAAGACGAUCCAGCUCCUUGCUGCCACCACCUUCGUCCAGGAGGUCGACUCGCCCACCCUCGCCCUCAUUGCUCCCCUCCUCAUCCGUGGUAUCAACGAGCGCCCCACCGCCACCAAGCGCAAGGUCGCCGUCAUUGCCGACAACAUGACCAAGCUCGUCGACAACGAGCGUACCGUCCGCCCCUUCCUGCCCAAGCUCCUCCCCGGUCUCCUCAAGAUGGAGUCGGCCAUGGCUGACCCCGAGGCUCGCGGUGUCGUUCAGCGUGCCAUUGCCACGCUCCGCUCCGUCGGUCAGGUCGAGGGUGACGGCUCCAAUGUCAAGCCUCUCGAGGACGUUGACCUCAAGCAGACUACCGAGCUCGUCCAAAAGGAGAUUGCCGCUCAGAAGCUCACUGGCCCCACUGCCCUCAUCGACUACAUCGGCCAGCUCUCGACCAACUUGGCCAACGCCCGUAACUUCGAGGCUACCGAAUGGGACUCGACCCUCAUCCCCUUCAUCACUCUGCUCCGUGGUGCCGACGCCGAGAAGGCCAACAAGGUCACUCGCGCUCUCCUCGCCGCCCUUGCUCGCUCGACUGGUGAGGAGGCUGAGGUCUUCGAGGACGAGGAGGAGGGAGAGGACCUGUGCAACUGUCAGUUCUCGCUCGCUUACGGUGCCAAGAUUCUCCUCAACACCGCCACCCUCCGCCUCAAGCGUGGUCACCGCUACGGUCUCUGUGGCCGCAACGGUUCAGGCAAGUCGACUCUCAUGCGUGCUAUUCAAAACGGUCAGGUCGAGGGCUUCCCGUCUCCCGAGGAGGUCAAGACUUGGUACGUCGAGCACGACCUCGACGGAUCCGAGGGUGACAUCUCUAUCCUCGACUUCAUCGUCGCUGACAAGCGCCUCAACACCGAGAAGGCCGAGGCCUCCAAGACGCUCGCUGAGAUGGGCUUCGACGAGGUCAAGCAGGCUGGUCCCAUUGCCGCCCUCUCUGGUGGUUGGAAGAUGAAGCUCGCCCUGGCCCGUGCCGUCCUCUACAAGGCCGACAUUCUCCUCCUCGACGAGCCUACCAACCACUUGGACGUCGUCAACGUCGCCUGGAUCACCAACUACCUCCAGACGCAGACCAACACCACGUCGAUCAUCGUCUCGCACGAUUCCAACUUCCUCAACAACGUCUGCACGGACAUUCUCCACCUCAACCGCUUCAAGAUCAAACGUUAUCCCGGCAACCUCGACGCUUUCGUCAAGCGUGUCCCCGAGGCCAAGGCUUACGCCGAGCUCAACACGGGCGAGGACUACUCGUUCAAGCUCCCCGACCCGCCUCUCCUCGACGGUGUCAAGACCAAGGAGAAGUCGCUCGCCAAGAUGCGUGACGUCCACUUCCAAUACCCUGGCUCGCCCGCUCCCCAGCUCAACGGUGUCACUAUGCAGCUCUCGCUCUCUUCGCGUGUGGCUGUCCUCGGUCCCAACGGUGCCGGCAAGUCGACGCUCAUCAAGCUCGUCGUCGGUGACACGGAGCCCAACUCCGGUGAGGUGUGGAAGCACCCCAACUUGGUCAUUGGUUACGUCGCCCAGCACGCCUUCCACCACAUCGACCAGCACCUGGACAAGACUCCCCUCGACUACAUGCUCUGGCGUUACCAGACCGGAGAGGACCUCGAGGAGCACCUCAAGUCCUCGCGUGAGCUCUCCGAGGCCGAGAAGGAGGCCAUGAAGAACGGCUCCAUCUUUGUCGACGAGUCCGGCGUCAAGCGCAUCAUCGACGAGCUCGUGGGCCGCAAGAAGCUCAAGAACUCGUUCCAGUACGAGGUCAGCUUCAAGAACUACUCGUCGGCAGACAACAUCUGGCUGUCGCGUGACGAGCUCAUUAAGCGUGGUUUCGAGAAGAAGGUCCUCGCCCUCGACUCUCGUGAGGCCCAGCGUCUCGGUAUGAACCGCCCCCUCGUCCGCAAGGAGAUCGAGAAGCACUUCAACGACUUCGGUCUCGAGGCCGAGUUCACCUCGCACAACACCAUGCGCGGUCUCUCUGGUGGUCAGAAGGUCAAGGUCGUCCUCGCCGCGGCCACAUGGCGUCGCCCGCACAUCAUCAUCUUGGACGAGCCCACCAACUUCUUGGACCGUGAGUCCCUCGCUGCCCUCAUCGCCGCCCUCAAGACCUACGAGGGCGGUGUGGCCAUCAUCACCCAUUCGCAGGAGUUCUCGGAGAACGUCUGCUCGGAGAUCUGGCGCAUGGAGGGCGGUCGUCUCCACGCCUCGGGCCACAACUGGGUCGAGGGCCAGGGCUCCGGUGAGCGCCUCAAAGAGAAGGACGACGAUGAGGUCAAGCUCGACGCCAUGGGCAACAAGAUCGAGGAGGUCAAGAAGGAGAAGAAGCUCAACAAGCGUGAGGAGCGUAAGGCGAGGAUGGCAAAAAAGAAGGCCGGCAAGGGCGACGACGAUGACGACCUUGACCUCUAAGUGCACGCGGACCGUGGUGUGCGAGGAUGCGUUGCACGAUCGCUACUCUGUCUUCUCUCUAGACGUCUCUGUCUCUUUCAAAAUCCGAUGAUUCCGUAUCGUUAUCUCAGUGCUUGUGGGAUGAUAUUAGCUAUGCGUGGACGUGAUACAGUGGCUCAAAUCGAG